CUUGCUCGCCGCAGCUGCUGCGCCCCCAGCACGCGCUCACGGACCCGGGCCCGCGGACCGGGACACCGAGCAGGACGCCCGCCGCGCCCGGUCCCAAGCCUCGAGAAGCGGGGCACAGCGCAAAGGGUCCGGGCGCGGGCGGCAGGCAGCCAGCGAGGAUCCCAGCCUGGGGCCGCCCGAGCGUGAACUGCCAUGGGCUCUAUCGGAAGCCAACGCCUCAAGGAGCCCUGUGUGGCAGCCACAUCUGGCCAGAGUGUGGUGACAAGCUUUAGCUUUGACAACUUCCAGCUGGAGACGACAGCAGAGGGGGCUCAGGAUCCAGGCAUCAGAGUCAGGGGUGUCCCCACUUUCACAGACUCUGUGGUAGAGGAGCCUGUGCCAGACGACCGCUACCAUGCCAUCUACUUUGCCAUGCUGCUGGCUGGCGUGGGCUUCCUACUGCCAUACAACAGCUUUAUCACCGACGUGGACUAUCUUCACCACAAGUACCCAGGGACCUCCAUCGUAUUUGACAUGAGCCUCACCUAUAUCCUGGUGGCAUUGGCGGCUGUGCUCCUAAACAACGUUGUGGUGGAGAGGUUGAACCUGCACACCAGGAUCACCACAGGCUACCUCCUCGCCUUGGGUCCCUUGCUCUUUAUCAGCAUAUGCGAUGUGUGGCUGCAGCUCUUCUCUCACGACCAGGCUUACGCCAUCAACUUGGCCGCCGUGGGCACUGUGGCCUUUGGUUGCACAGUGCAGCAAUCUAGCUUCUAUGGCUACACAGGAUUACUGCCCAAGAGGUACACGCAGGGCGUGAUGACUGGAGAGAGCACAGCAGGGGUGAUGAUCUCUCUGAGUCGAAUCCUCACUAAGUUGCUGCUCCCAGACGAGCGGGCCAGCACCAUCAUCUUCUUCCUGGUGUCUGCCGGCUUGGAGCUCCUGUGCUUCCUGCUGCACCUGCUGGUGCGGCGCAGCCGUUUUGUGCUCUACUAUACCACUCGGCCCCGUGACAGCCGCCCCAUCCAGGCAGGCUACCGAGUGCACCAUGAUGUCGCAUCCGGAGACAUCCACUUUGAGCACCAAACUCCAGCCCUGUCCAGCAGCAGGUCCCCGAAGGAGAGCCCGGCCCAUGAGGUGACCCACAGCAACAGUGGGGUCUACAUGCGUUUCGAUGUGCCCCGGCCACGAGUCAAACGAAGCUGGCCCACCUUCAGAGCCCUGCUGUUGCACCGAUACGUCGUGGCGCGGGUCAUCUGGGCCGACAUGCUGUCCAUUGCUGUAACCUACUUCAUUACACUGUGCCUGUUUCCUGGCCUGGAGUCCGAGAUCCGCCACUGCGUGCUGGGGGAGUGGCUGCCCAUCCUGGUCAUGGCCGUGUUCAACCUGUCAGACUUUGUGGGCAAGAUCCUGGCAGCCCUGCCUGUGGACUGGCGGGGCACUCACCUGCUCGCCUGCUCUUGCCUGCGAGUGGUCUUCAUCCCCCUCUUCAUCCUGUGUGUCUACCCCAGUGGCAUGCCCGCCCUCCGCCACCCUGCCUGGCCCUGUGUCUUCUCACUGCUGAUGGGCAUCAGCAAUGGCUACUUUGGCAGUGUGCCCAUGAUCCUGGCAGCUGGAAAAGUGAGCCCCAAGCAGCGGGAGCUGGCAGGAAACACCAUGACUGUGUCCUAUAUGUCGGGGCUGACCCUGGGCUCCGCUGUGGCCUACUGCACCUACAGCCUCACCCGAGACGCCCACAGCAGCUGCUUUCAAACAGCCGCCGCCAACGACUCCAUCCCUGUCGGUCCCUGAGCCCGGCCCACCCGAUCCUGCCCCCUGCCCAGGAACUGCUGCCUGGGCCAGUUAUCCCAAGGCCUGAGGACCCUCCCACCCCUGCCUCAGUGCCUGUGGGGUCCUGGCCACCUCCUAAGCCACUAACGCCACCUUGCCACCUUGUCCCAGUCGCCCAAAGCAGCUGGAACUUGUCUUCACCGCCCAGGGCACCGCCUCCCCAUGUCCUGUGUUUGGUCAGCCACCUGCCCUUCACCCUCUGUGUCCAGAGGCCCAGCAUCUGUCACACAUCGUGGUCUGUCACACAUCGUGAUCUGUCACACAACGUGGUGGCUUACUCCGUCUCAGAGCCACGCGGAAUGGCUGGCCACGGUCUGAGCUGACUCCCUUCAGUGUGACCCCACUGUGUGGUCCCAUGGUCUAAGAUGUGGUUUUCAUUUACUGAUCAGGGGGCACCUCCCUGUAUUAGAAAUCUUGGAGGGAAGUCCCCAACCCCGUUCUGUCCCUUUCUUGUUCUUAGACACUUCUUUACAACCCUCCCCCUGCCCCCACACACAUAAAGCAUUAAGUCUGGAAAACUCAUUCCUAGGUGUACACAGGCCUCCUGUAGUCAUAGCAACAGAGCUGACCUAGGUGCACCCACCUUAGGUGGAGGACUUCUCCCAUGUACCAACCCCCUUAGAGCACAGGCUAAGGGCCACACCUCACAGGGACGUCCCAUUUCUUUCCUGUUCCAUUCAACUUAUCCAUAAUGCAGGGACAGCUGAGAGCCACUGUGACCUCCCCACUCCUGUCCACUGAGAGUCAAGUGAUGACGAGACACACUUGAAACCCUGGCAAGUAGCUGCAAGGCGAGGAUCGGACU